AUGGCGCAUACACUGCUUGGGAUUCUGACACUUGUCCAAUGUUCCUUAGUUGCCGCAUGGACUGCGACUCCUGAUGAGCCGGCGGGCCCCGAGGUUAUUCUCGACAACGGAACAUUUGUCGGCACGUCAGAAGGAGACGUCUCCGCCUUCCGCGGCUUACCAUACGCCCAACCCCCUGUAGGCGACCUUCGCUUCCGGCUCCCCGUUGCGAACGACCCAUACAAUGGCAUCUACAAUGCUACGGUCUUCAGCGCCGCUUGUAUUCAACAGACAGCAAAUGUGACGAACGCAACCGCCUUGAACCCGAUCGCCGCGGAACUACUGCAACAAAUUAUAGAUAGCUCGCAACAGUCGGUCGAAGAUGAAGAUUGUCUCACGAUCGAUGUUUACGCGCCUGCGAAUGCGACCCAGGAUUCCAGAUUGCCCGUUGCUUACUGGAUUUAUGGCGGCGGCUUCCAAAACGGUGCAGCGUCUUGGUAUAAUGGGACUGCUCUGGUGGCGAGAUCCUUGCAGAUCGACGAGCCAGUGAUAUACGUUGCGGUGAACUACAGAUUGUCGGCGCUCGGGUUCGCUGGUAGUGCGGAAGUGCGCGAGGCAGGCAUUGGCAACAUUGGACUCCAUGACCAACGGCUGGGCCUGCGCUGGGUCCAGCAAUAUAUAUCUACAUUCGGUGGAGACCAUCAGCUGGAAGACAGGGACGCUGGAGGAAGGCCAGCCGGCCUUUGA